CUCUCCAUCCCCAACUCAUUCAACCAGGGAAGCAGGAGAAUCAGAAACCUGUCUCUCUCUCUCUCCACUUUCCCUCUCUAUUUUCUCCGUUUCACACACACACACACACCAGAUAUAUAUACACAUAUAUAUAUAUAUACGCGCACACAUAUAGAUUCUCUCUCUCUCUCUCUAAAUUGUCUCCGUCUGCCGGUGGUUCGCCCAAGCACGAAACGGUACUGUUCUGAUCGUUUCCUUUUCUAUGAUUUUAGACAAAAAAUAUGAACAAUCGCUAAAAUGUUUAGCAUGCAUAAAAUCGAAGAAUUUUUGUGGUUGAUUAUUUGGUAGUAUAUAUGUUUGCUUUUGGGAAUAUUAGUGAGGUGGAUUCAUUAGAGAUGAUUAAGGAAAUAAUCGGGCGGAAUUUGGGGAAAAUAUAUUAGGCAGUGUUAUUGAAUGAGAUUACAAAUUAAUCGGGGCUACAGUUUCGGAUCUCUAGGACCUAUGCAGUGUCUGAUUAUUCGUAUUUUUAGGGUUUUCGCGACUCAGACUUGCUCCUACUGCUCAGUCUUCUCCACCUGCCUACUAGCAGUUUUAUUCGACUUUUUUCUUUUUACUUAAAAACUUUCCUCUCGCAAAUAUAUUUCUCUUUUUAUUUUCCUUUAAAAAAUUAAUUCUACUUGCUCGUGGUAAAUUUUUUAAGCUUGAGUUGUGUUUAUAAAGUAAGAAUUUAUUUAGUUAAAUAAAAAAUAGGAUUAUAGAUGUUGUCUGUCGAUUGCUAAUUGUUUCCUUGAAUUGUUUUAAGAGAGAGGGGUCUUAUUGAGUUGUAAAUUUUUAUUUUCCAGUAUCAUGAUAAUUUUUGCCGACUUGGGAAAUUUCAGUUCUGGGAGAAGCUUUUGAAGCGCUGAAAUUUAAGGAACAGGGAAGAGGGAUUAGGGUUUCAGCUGCUGUGAUUCACUGGCCAAAUGUGACUAUGAUGGGAUUAUUGGCGUGACUGACAGCUGGAGUAGUUUAUUGAUAUAAUUUUGUUUAUAUGAGCAAGCAUGGGGUCUGUCUGUUGUGUUGCUGCUAAGGAUAGAACGGUUACAAAUGGGUCUACCAGUGAAAUUAUGCACAGGAACAUUCGGCAUUCCCCAUCAUGGAGCUUUCGAUGGGAUAACCGGGUGCGAGUAGUGGGGGAGGAAACUUCUGUAAAUUGGAUUUCCGAUGGGGUCACCCGCAAUGAUCCACCAGAUGUUAAAUCUGGACCAACUAUUGAAACCACACAUGCAUCUGAAGAAGGUAGUCCAUUGGAUAGUUUUCGAUCACUUGUAUGGCAGAAGUCCCCGGUUUCUGAUGUAAAUAACGGGGUUACAAGGCUCACUACUUCUGGUCUACUGUUGAGAAAGUUCGAUGGAGACCUAGUGGAUGAGGAUCAAAGAGUCAGAAAUCUUGUGAAGGAUUUUAGGCGCAUCUUUCAAGGACGAGAUCCUUUAACCUGUACAAAUUCUACAGAUGUUAGGGAGUCAACUGCAUCUCCUGCAGUUUCUUGUCCAUCUCCCGUGAAGUUAUCUCCUUCAGCACCUUCAGUUUCCUCUCUGUCAACAUCACCUUUGUCAUCCCGAAGCCACCCGCUUCCUGCAAGCUCAACUCCAUCAAGAUGGCCUCGCCGUUCUCCUGGGCACCAACUCUUACGGCAAGUAUCUGACAGCCUUAUUCCAACAAUCAAGUCUCCAACUUUGUCAGUUUCUGAAGAAACAUCAUCUUUUGUGCUUCCUGGAUGGAGCCAUGAGUCAACUAGGGCUUCCCAUGGUGGGUCAUCAGACAGUUGGUCUACACCAACCUUCCCUGAUAUCAUGUCAACUUCCCGUAGAGAAAGGUGGUCUUUUGACAGUGAAACAUUGGGUUUUGUUCGUGACAAAAUAACCAGAUCUAGUGGUAGAAAUUCUGGUUAUUCCUUUGAUCUCCAAAGCUGUGGCAUUUGUGCGAAACUUUUGACUGAGAAAUCUUCAUGGGGCAGCCAGAAAAUUAUAGCAACUAAUGAGCUUGCAGUGGUUGCUGUUUUAAUUUGUGGGCACGUUUACCAUGCAGAGUGCUUGGAAAAUAUGACCCCUGAUGUUAACAAGUAUGAUCCAGCUUGUCCAAUCUGUACCUUUGGGGAGAAACAGGCACAGAAAAUGUCGGAGAAAGCUUUGAGAGCCGAAUUUGAGUUAAAGACUAGAAAGAGAUCUAGGAACAGGAUUGCUGAUAGUGACCUUAAUAGCGAUCUUGUUGCUUUUGAUCGUCAGAAAAGUAGUGGACGUGACGGAAGAGGUCCUAAGAUGAGUUCCAGUUCCAGCAUGAAGGACUCUUUGGCGAAGCCUUUCUUGAGGCGUCACUUUUCUUUUGGAUCUAAAGGGAGUAGAUCAAUGUCAGAGAAUCAUUCUUCCUGGAAGAGGGGAUUCUUCUGGGCAAAAUCGAGAAAGGAUUAAGUUCUGUCUAGAGUUACAAAGAUUCCACAGUUGUUCUUCAGAUGGGCUACGAAAUGCAUGCAGGGAGCAGGCAAUCAGCCAUAAAUUCAACCCUGUCAAGGAAGCUGGCAUUGUCUCGUGCAAAUGUAGGUUAGCUUUUGAAGAUACACUGUAAAGGGAAGACCAUACAGAUGGGGAAAUGAAUUCAUUAUAAUAUAGGAAAAAGGAAAGAUGAUAGGGGUCAGGGUGUACGUGCAUCAUGAAACUAGUUCUCUUUCAUUUUGUACGAUGGCUGUUUACUGUUUAAUUUCAUGAAAUUAGUUUGGAUAUAUGCGUAGCGUUUUACCAUCGCAUAUCUAAAUCGAUAUUCUAUGGGCCGAAUUACGCGUUGGAGACAUCAUUGGGUUGCUCCUCUCAAUCACAUGUAUAACUAUUGACGGAUCUGGAUCAUGAUGUUGAGCCUUUCAACUUUUGACUUA